AUGCCUCUCGGAGCGGUCUGCGUGACAGCCGGGUUAACGGGACUCCUAAGUUUUGUCUUUCUGACCGUCGCGAUCGCCACGGAUUAUUGGUACAUCAUCGACGUGUCAGAUUCCGGUUCUAACUAUGGGGAGGGCUGGGAAGAUUUAAACUCCCACUCUGGGCUGUGGAGAAUCUGCGAAGUUAGCAACAGGGAACAAGUGCAAAUGGUCCAGGGUCGAAACGAGUUCCAGCUAACGUUACCGAGACUGGUGGCAGUCAUUCACUUGUCUUUAGCAGUCACACAAUCGGCCAGGAUAGUCAUUUCCGAUCACUGCCUGCUGACCCUCUGUGGUAAAAAUGCCUGCAUUGCUUUAAUAGACCCCUUUGGUGAGGAGAGUCAGAAUGUGCCUGAAUCCCAGCAACACUUAUUGUUUAUGCAGAAGGUGUUUGUCAUUUUGCUCCCCCUCAGUCUGGUUCUCCUGGUGCUCGGGGGUAUUGGCGGACUGAUCAGCUCUCUGGCUAAUGGCCUCUGCCUGCUUCUGUUCACUGGCUCCUACUUCCUCGUUGGAGGUGCCCUGACCCUGGCUGGGAUCUGCGUAUACGUUGCCUACUCAAAGGCUGCCUUUGCCAUCGCGAAGCACAUUUACGGAGACAAGGUGUUCGACAAUGUUCGCAUCGGCUUCAGCUGGUCCAUGGUCCUAGCCUGCCUCUCUUGUGUCCUGGAGGUCAUGUCUGGGGCCUUGUUUCUCCUGGCUGCCAAGCUCACUGCUAUGGAGCAACCAGAGCAGUCAGCAGUCAUAUGA